CUCGGGCUAGCGUACACUGCUGGGAAUCACGUGGUUUUACCCGAUCCAAUCAACUGGGCGAAUCCAUUUUGCGCGUUCUUGCUGAGCGCGGGGAGGACAGAAGCGGGUAGUAGCGCACUCGUGUUACCGUCACAUCCACAUUAUCAGGAAAAUCCUACAUUUCUACAAAAAUGUCAGAAGAAAAGCCAAAGGAAGGCGUGAAGACCGAAAACGACCACAUCAACUUGAAGGUGGCAGGUCAGGAUGGAUCUGUGGUCCAGUUCAAAAUCAAAAGGCACACCCCCCUCAGCAAACUGAUGAAGGCAUACUGCGAAAGACAGGGAUUAUCCAUAAGGCAAAUACGUUUCAGGUUUGAUGGUCAGCCAAUCAAUGAGACGGACACACCUGCACAGCUGGAAAUGGAGGAUGAAGACACUAUCGAUGUAUUCCAGCAGCAGACGGGAGGAACGUGCUAAAGAUGAAGCACAUGUGGAUGAUGCUUUUUUUUUUUUUAUAUUUGUGCUCAUCUUCACUUCCACUGCAGUUCAGGGCUGAAAUGGAAAAGGUUUUGGAAAUCUAAUCUAAGUUAAUAGAUUGUAUUUUUUUUUUUUUUUUUUUUUUCCCUCUCAUUUUAAUCAUCCAAAGACCUCUUUUCCGUUUUUGCAAUGUUCUCCCUGAACCGAACUGGAAAUGAUAGUUACUAAUGAUAUCCCCCCUCCACCACCACCACCUUUAGAGUUUAUUGUAUGCCUGUAAUAUGCGUUUUUGUAUUAUGUACGUAUGUUUGCACCUCCCCCAUCUAUUUUUAUAUACAAGGAGGGAAGUUUUGUGAAAGGAUGUUUGUGACUUGGUAUGGUCUCAGAAUCUUUAAUUGCAGUAAACAACUUUAAGACUUCCUUUUUAUGGACAAUUUCAAUUGUUGACAUUGCAGCAUUGUGUUUCUCUGACACCUCAGGUUUGAUAAAGCUAGAUUGUGGAUCGUAUUCCAGUAGACAUUAUUUUUAAUUUUAAAUGCUUUGAUGCGUAUGUCUUUAAAAGUUUGCUGUCUGCUAAGUUUGGAUUACAUGAAAUGCAAAUGAAGUGUUCCCCUUGUUUUUACUGUCAUAUACUUUGCCUUCUACAAAUACAUCGUAACAUCCCUCUCAUUUAGCCUUUGUGGCAUAUCAAGAGUAUUAAACACUAUCCUGGUGAAAUAGCAGCUCCACAGAAAGCUCAACAUGUGUGUGAGUAAUGGGAAUAGCAGGGGUGUUUGGGAGUGCAGAGGAUCCUGUGUUGGCCAUUUACUACUGUAUAUAAUAAAUAUAGUUUGAUACUGA